AUGAAUCCUUCACAAAUCAAAGACUUUGGUAGCAUCAAUCAUUCAGAAAAUAAUAAUAAUGACCAUUCAAAAGAACCAUCUAUUAAUAAUCAAUUUGAAGGACAUGAAGAGUAUGAUUGUUCAGAAAUGGGAGAGGGAACACCUUUGUUAAAACAAAGAUAUGUCUCUCGAUCACCAAGUUCAAUAUCAUCAUUAUCAUCGAAUAUACAAGAAUCUGUUUUAGAUAUGAGUAAUAAUAACAAUUUAGAUUCAAAUUUUGAGAUAAAUUUGUACGGAGAAACCGACUCAGAUAAUGGUACUUCAAAUGCAUUCUCUUCCCCAAUACCACAACAUCAACGUCAACUCAAAGCACAAAACGAUGUAUGUUUUCCUUUAAUUGAAUCUGCAUUUAAACGAGGUAUAGGGAUUGAUUAUGAGGCUCUUGAGAAAUAUGUGAAGGAUGAGAAUGAGAAACAUCAACAAGAGCAAAGGCAUCAACGAAGAAGAUUGAGUGAAUCAGAAUCCGUUGUUGUUAAAAAAAAUGCAAUAAAUGAAAGGUUCAAUCGUUGUCAUAACUUUAAAGAUAAUAAGUAUAAUUCAGAAAUAUUAUAUCGAUUUACAUUUUAUUCUACAGCACACAGUACUGUACAUGCACAUACACUUGCAGAAAUACCACCAUUGGAUUUAUCAUUAUCAGAAAUGCUGAAAAAUGGAUGUUGGUGGAUUGAUAUCCUAUCACCAACAGAUGAUGAAAUGAUGGAAUUUGGUAGGAUAUUUGGUAUACAUCCUUUGACCAUUGAAGAUAUAGAAACUGAAGAAACACGUGAAAAAUGUGAAAAAUUUAAUGAUUAUUAUUUUAUUUGUUUCCGAUCUUUUGAUCAAAAUCAUUAUUCUCCAACAUAUUUACAACCAGUAAACCUUUAUAUGAUUGUGAUGAAAGAAGGAAUUUUAUCGUUUCAUUUUCGCCCAACACCGCAUCCAGCGAAUGUUAGACGUAGAAUAGGACAAUUAAAAGAUUAUAUAACUGUCACACCUGAUUGGAUAAAUUAUGCAAUAAUUGACGAUGUAACGGACUCAUUUGCACCACUUAUUCGAUCAAUUGAAUUUGAGGUAGAUUCUAUUGAUGAACUGGUGUUGAUACUUAAAGAAUCUGAACAGACUGAUAUGUUACGUAGAAUAGGACAUUGUCGUAAAAAGGUGCUGGGAUUAUUAAGAUUGUUAGGAAGUAAAGCAGAUGUUAUGAAAGCAUUAAUAAAAAGAUGUUAUGAAUUAAGGUGGGAUGUGGUUAUAGGUAAUGAGAUUAUAUUAUACUUGGGAGAUAUUCAAGAUCACAUUAUUACAAUGGUUCAGAAUUUGAACCAUUAUGAAAAAAUACUUUCUAGGUCACAUUCAAACUAUUUGGCACAAAUUUCAAUUGAGAUGACACAAGCUAAUAAUCAGAUUAAUGAUAUAUUGUCUAGACUUACAGCAUUAGGAACUAUUUUAAUUCCUAUGAAUCUUGUAACAGGUUUAUGGGGAAUGAAUGUUCCGGUCCCAGGACAAGAAUCCGAAGGUUUGAGAUGGUUUAUUACUAUAUUGGCAGGAAUAAUUCUGUUUUCUAUAUCAGGAGUUAUAAUGGCUCACAGGACCGGAAUUAUUAUUGUUGAUCUAUUAUGUUCUUCCUGA